CAACCAACGCACUGCAUAUCAUCAUGGCUCCAUCAGCAAACGCCAACGCGGGAGCGGCGGCCGACGGGCCUCGCGCUAUUGAGACUCUGCAUGAGGAUAUGAUUCACGAUGCCCAACUCGACUACUACGGAAAGCGCCUCGCUACCUGCUCCUCUGACCGAACGGUCAAGGUAUUCGACGUGGUUGACGGCAGCGCCUCUGGACAAGGGACUACGCUUCGCGGCCACGAAGGCCCCGUCUGGCAAGUAGCCUGGGCUCACCCCAAGUUCGGGCCCAUCCUUGCAUCUUCCUCGUACGACGGCAAGGUCAUUAUCUGGAAAGACAAUGGCUCCGGUGGAGCGGCGACGGCGCAGCAGCAGCAGGGAUAUGGGGCAUAUGGACAGCAGGGAUACGGCGGGGCAGCGUAUGGAGGAGGAGCGGCUGGAGGUUGGACCAAGAUCAAGGAGCAUGCACUUCACAGCGCGUCGGUCAAUUCAAUCUCCUGGGCCCCGCACGAGCUCGGCUCCAUCCUCAGCUGCGCCAGCUCGGAUGGAAAUGUCUCCGUCCUCACGUUCAACGAUGACGGCUCAUGGUCGGUGGACGUGGUUGCCGCUCACCCUAUGGGAUGCAACGCUGUCAGCUGGGCUCCGGCGACUGUCCCUGGCUCCCUGAUCACGGCGCAGCAGCCAGCGACGGCAGCGAACGGAGCAACCGGUGCUGGGCAGGACGCAGGGCAGACUCGCACCGUGAGGAGGUUCGCGAGUGCCGGGUGCGAUAACGUCGUCAAGAUCUGGGAGUACAGCGAUGAUCCGCAAGCAGGUGUGGACCCUUCAGGCGCAGGAGCUGGAGGUAGAUGGAGGGAAGUCGAGCAACUCACAGGCCACAGCGACUGGGUCCGUGACGUAGCCUUUGCGCCCAACGUCGGUCUCCCACGCAGUUAUCUCGCCACAUGCUCGCAGGACCGAACCGUCCUCGUAUGGACUCAAGAUGGGCUCGAGGCGCCGUGGAACAAGACGGCGCUCAACCCUACUCCCGGGGCUGGAGCGGCUCCUGGUGGGAGUGCGACGGGGGGCAAGUUCGCGGACACAGUCUGGAGGGUGAGCUGGAGUGUCAGCGGGAACGUUCUGGCGGUGAGCUGUGGAGAUGGCAAGGUGACGCUUUGGAAGGAGAAUCUCAAGGGAGCGUGGGAAUGCUGUUCAGAGAUGGAUUCGUAGUAGGCGGCGCGAUCCAUGUAGAGGGC